AUGAACGACGAAACGAAAUCGGCUCAAGAUGAGGCUACCGAAGCUACUGACACAGCCAAUCUGGCUAUGAUAGGGGAUGAGGGAACCGAGGCGUGUACUUCGGGCGACAUGGAGUCCAAUGGAACUACCACAUCCACUAGAACCAAUACUGUUAGUGCUGAAGUUACUGCUGAUGAUGACAGAGAUAUCCAUGGUGAGGAACCCCAUAAUCCAAACAUGUCAUCUGGGUUUAGUGACACCCAACGAAAUGGUAGUCAGCUGGUAUUAUCGUUCCUCCCAAAGGAAGAAAAUGAACACACAAAACCAACAGGCAACAUGAAAAUCACCGCAAUACCGGAGGCAGAAGACGGCAAAAUGCCAGGAAUUCAAAAUGACGGUGAAACCAACAACAACAUCAUCGAUUCUACAUCACUUGUUGCCAAGGAAGCCGGCUUAGAUGACACCCCACACAACUGGCAAACACUGGAAGGACAACAGCCCAACGAUAGUUUCUCAAUGCCACGAAGCAUUGCUGCAGCACAGGAAUUGACACCCGGUGCAUACGCAUUUCAACAUGGCAGUUUCAGGACAGCAGAGGAAGCAAAUGCGAACAACCUGGAUGGGUUUGAUUGGGAUGGCAACCAUGACCACAGAAGGAUUCACUCCUCCGGACAAACAGUGCUAGCAAUUGCUAGGUCUGUUGAGGAGGUGGACCCCCACAGUCUUCCUCAGGCCAGACCAUCGGGAACAAGUAGCACCGCAGGAGAACAAAAGGAAAAUCCUUUGGUUGCCAUUAGCACGUUUGCGGGGCUUGCAUUCAUAGGAGGGAUUGUGCUUUUGAUUGUUUUGCUUCCUGGAGAGACAGUUCAAUUGGAUUCAACUAACUACACAACUGUACUUCCAUCAAUGGCCCCAACCUCACUGGAAUCACUCAUAUCGUCCUUGUUCCCAGACCUCACUGCCAGGGCUGUAGAAGACAAGGAUUCAGCACAGUACCGCGCGUUUCAAUGGCUUCUAGAGGAUCCCUUCGUCUAUGACUACCCAAAGAGGCGGAUUCUUCAAAGGCAUGCUCUGAUGACCAUCUUUUAUUCAACUGCAGGCCCAACACAAUGGUUCAACAGCACAGGAUGGGGAAGCUACGAUCUACAUGAAUGUCUAUGGUUUCAGAAUCAAGAAUUUGCUCUCAAGUCAUUCAUACGAAUGUUGUACCCCGGUUUCCUAACAGGCUUUUUGGAGCCACUACCAGAGAGCCAAUGUGACAAGGAAGGGCUCUACCAGCAUCUGUGGCUGGAUCAGAACAAUCUUGUAGGUUCUCUACCCGAGGAACUUUACAGCUUGACCUCACUCCAAACGCUUUCAACCAGUUACAAUCAUCUUUUUGGCUCAUUGUCUAGCAGAAUUGGGAAGCUAAGUCAGUUGCAGGGGAUUGCCAUGUUAUCGACAGAUCUUUCUGGAUCAAUACCAAAAGAAAUUGGUUCUAUGUCAGCAUUGCAUUAUAUUGGCUUUAAUGACAACAAACUGGAAGGAUCAAUUCCAGAUGAAAUCUGGCAACUUAGCAACCUAGAUACCCUUGCAAUUGGCCGCAACAAGAAGCUACAUGGAGGCAAAAUACCAUCCAUUGUUGGCACUUUCUCAAAGCUGAGGUGGCUAGUACUAGAAGACUGUGGAAACUCUGGUACCAUUCCUACAGAGCUUGGCCAAGCCAAAUCCCUAGAGUUUCUUCUUUUGUCGAGAUCUCAAUUGUCCGGCAUGCUCCCAAGUGAGAUUGGAUCCCUAUCAAAGCUUCGGAUUUUUUCCGUGUUGGAAAAUCUUCUCCAGGGAACUCUGCCUAGUCAACUUGGUCUUCUUACUUCAGCCAACCGUGUGACCCUGAGCCACAAUUUCUUCACAGGCACACUCCCUUCUGAGCUGGGUUUUCUGCGGAUUCUGGAACUGGAACUUGACUCAAAUCAGUUUUCUGGUACAAUUCCCAGUUUACUCCCAGGCCUUUCCAAGCUGGAGUAUUUCACUCUGGGCAGCAACCGCUUCACUGGAGAAAUCCCUUCCGAGUUUGGGCUUCUGACAUCUCUGGGUUUGCUGACCAUGGACAACAAUCUCCUUAGUGGGACUGUACCUACUGAGCUGGCUGCCCUGCAUGCAUCCUUAUACUACUUUCAAAUUGAGAGGAACUCUGCACUCUCUGGUAUGAUGCCAGAGUCUCUUUGUGCUGUCAAUGGCACCUGUACUAGUAAUGGCUUUGACUCAUGUCCAGAGCACAUAGGUGUGUUCUUUGACUGCACAGAGUUGUUGUGUGGUUGUGACUGCUCUUGUAACUACUAGCUAGUAAGAUUAUUGGGGUUUGUUGAGACAAUCAGUCAUUUCAAC